AUUGCUCCAUCUCAACCGCUCAAUCAACUACCUAAAUAAUUAAUUCAUUUCUAAUUCCAGCCAAUUCCCUCUUCAUAGUACAUUCCCAUUUCCUACACCCAUCUAUAUAUACACAUGUCUCUCUUUAUUUCUCUUCCUCCCCACAAAUGGUCAACACGGUGGUCGUCACCCAAACCAUCCUCCGAUGGCUCCUCCGCCUAACCACGGGGAUCCGGCCCAAACAAGUCGAGCUCGAGCCCGGCACGGUCAUCAACAUCUGGGCCCCAUCAAGCCCACCAACCACCCUCAAACCGGCCCUGGUCCUCAUCCACGGCUUCGGCUUCAACGGCAUCCUGACGUGGCCUCUCCAAAUCCCGUCCUUCGCCAGCCGCUACUCCGUCUACGUCCCCGACCUCCUCUUCUUCGGCGGCUCGUCCACCGACCGGCCGGACCGGACGCCGGCUUUCCAGGCCGAGUGCGUCGGCAGGGCCCUCCGGCGGCUCGGGGUGGAGCGGUGCACGGUGGUCGGGUUCAGCUACGGCGGGGCGGUCGGGUUCAAGAUGGGCGAGUUGUUCCCCGGGUUGGUCGAGUCGCUGGUCCUGACCGGGUCGGUCAUGGAGUUCACGGAGUCGGUUAGCAGGAAUGGGUUGGGCCGGAUUGGGUAUGACACGUGGGAGGAGUACAUGAUGCCGGAUUCUGUGGAGGGGUUUAGGAGGUUGCUGGAGCAUGCUUGCUAUAAGCCGCCGUGGUUGCCUGAUCGGCUCGUUAAAGACGCUUUGAAGCAGGUUCUGUUCGAGCACAGGAAGGAGAGGGCUCAACUUCUCGAUGCAAUGUUCAUCCCUGACGACGACGUCGCUAAACUGGGCAGCUACUGCGCUCAGGAGAUUAACUUUUUAUGGGGAGAAGAAGACAAACUCGUAGACAUUCAAGAGGGAUAUGACCGAAUUAAUAGGCUACUGAAUGGGAAAGCAACCUUGAAGCCGAUAAAGAAAGCAGGGCAUCUGGUUCAGAUCGAGAGGCCAUGUGUUUACAAUCGGAUCCUUAAAGACUUGCUCCUUUCUUUGCAUCGAGGAGGAUGAAAGUUUGACAUUUGGAGGUUGACUGGAAAUUUUGUGUUCAUUGGUUCUAAUAUUGGUAUUGUUAUCGACGAGAAAAUAACAAGCUAAAAACUCAUUUUGUUAUGUGUGUUGGAAGUGAAAUAUGAUUGUAUUAUUUUCUAGAAAAGUAGGUUAUGCGCUUGAUCAAUUUGAGCUCCUCAUAAGCUCGGACCGCGAAUUCAUAUUGUCUUCGUGGUUGAACCAUGUCAUUCUAUUAUCUCUUACGACACUAUUUCAAAUAGUAUAAUGCAAAGUUUAUGAGCCACCUUGUUAAUUUUGUCGGAGUUUUGCUUGUUUCGGCGAGAAAUGAAUGGGUACUUCUGCAC